GACAAAAACUCAAAAUUUCUGCCGCAAUGAGUACAACAUCACUGGGCUGUGCAACCGCUCCUCCUGCCCCCUGGCCAACAGCCAGUACGCGACCAUCAGGGAGGAGAAAGGUCGCUGUUACCUGUACAUGAAGACGAUAGAGCGGGCGCCGUUUCCCCGUCGGCUCUGGGAGCGGGUCCUGCUAAGCAAGAACUACGAGAAGGCGCUGGAAGAGAUAGACGAGAACCUCAUCUACUGGCCACGGUUCAUCCGGCACAAGUGCAAGCAGCGCUUCACCAAGAUCACGCAGUACCUCAUCCGCAUCCGGAAGCUGACGCUCAAGCGACAGAGGAAGCUCGUUCCUUUACGCAGGAAGAUUGAAAGGCGAGAGAAGAGGAGAGAGGAGAAAGCCCUGAUCGCCGCUCAGCUGGAUAACGCCAUUGAGAAGGAGUUACUGGAAAGACUGAAACAGGACACAUACGGAGACAUUUACAACUUCCCCAUUCACGCCUUUGACAAAGCCCUAGAACAGCAAGAUGCAGAAAGCGAGAGCGAGUCGGACGCAGAGAAGGAAGAAGAUGAGGAGGAGGACAUGAAUAAAAGAGAGUUUGUGGAAGCAGAUGACAGCGACCUCAGUGAUUUUGAGGACAUGGAUAAGUUGGAGACCAGUAGUGAGGAGGAGCAGGAAGAGGAGGAGGAAGUAGAGAAGAAAGUCUCUCGCUCCAAAUCUAAGGGGAAAACUCCCCUGAAAGGACCCGCCAGAAGAAAACGUCCCUACAUUGAAAUAGAGUACGAAGAAGAGACAGAGCCAGCCGCCAAAACAAAAGCAGCCUGA